AUCGCUUCUCCGGGUUUCCCCCCCGUUCCACUCCCAAUCAUAUUCCAUGACUCCUGGUAGACUAGGUUAAAAGGCUCAACCGCCACGAAGAGGGCUACUCGGACUCGCUCUGCAUUCCUUUUUUGACGGGGUUUUGGACGCUUUUAUUUUCAUCCAGAAUAGAUAAAAUGUCUCAAAAGCCAGCCACAGACGGCAAGGUUGGCCACUUAGUUCGCAGCCAUGCGCAUGAGGAAGACAUACCCGGAACUGUGAAUCUCAAAGCAGCAGAGGGGGACGAUACGGCUUAUGGACAGGCACUUUACCCGGUCCCUGCACUGGAUCCCAAUGAUCCUCUUCAGUGGCCAAAAUGGAAGAAGGCUAUGAUUCUCGUGGUCUGCUCACUAUAUUCCUUCUUGUCCAACUCGGCCCUACUAGGUCCAUCGGUUUACCUCGGAAUAUUCUCCGCAGAAUUUGGUGUGACUCCUAAUGAGGCGGCUGGAUUGGUGAACUAUUCCAACUUGGCAUUUGGCUUCGGCUCUCUGAUUUUUGUGCCUCUCUACCACAAGUUCGGCCGCAGACCCGUAAUGCUCGGGUCUCUUAUUCUGUAUUGCGCAGGGCUACUCGGCUGCUCCCUGUCGCAGACCUUCACCAGCCUAAUGUUUUGUCGCGUGCUUCAAGGUUUUGGUUCUAGCGUUUGCGAGGCGCUGCCGGUACAACUUGUCAAUGACAUAUUCUUCCUGCACGAGCGCGGGAAACGCCUAGGAUACUACACAGUGUGUCUCUGUCUGGGUGCCACCGGGCCCCUCUACGCCGGAUACAUGCUUGCGGGAGGCUUAUCCUGGAGGCUUUUCUUUUAUGUAGAGCUCGCAUUUGCUGUCGCGCUAUUUUUCCUGGCUUUCUUCUUCGUCGAGGAGACGAAUUACGACCGCGCCAAAGCCAACGAACUUGCCGCAGAACGGCCAGGAAACGCUUCUACUCCCGGGGAAAAGCCGGUGGCUACCGAUGUCGAAGAUGCCGUCUCCUUUGAAGGCGUCCCGCCUCGGAAAACCUUCCUCCAAACCUUGAAGUUCUGGGGAGUCUGGAACCACGAGACGGACUUCUUCAUCAUGAUGGCGAGGUCGUUUACAUACUUCCUGGUCCCCCAUGUACUCUGGGUGGUUACUACAUAUGGUAUCUACAUUGGACUCGGCGGGUUGACCUUCAACUUCAUAUUCCCCAUCAAGAUCGUUGCGCCCCCUUACAACUGGCCCGAGACGAGCGGGGGUCUCAUCGCGAUCGCGACCAUCAUCGGCUUCGCCCUGGCCGUGCUCUUCACAUCGUCCUCGGACCGGCUCGCGGCGCACCUGACGAGACGCAACGAGGGGAUCCGCGAGGCCGAGAUGCGGCUCGGCGUAAUGCUGCCGGCGAUGCUGAUCGCCCCCGCGGGCCUGGCGCUGUUCGGCGCGGCGUGCCAGCUCAACCUGCACUGGGUGGCGUACUUUUUCGGCAGUGGCCUGACGCAGUUUGGGGCCUACUUUUACUUCACCUUCACGCUCGCCUACGCCAUCGACAGCUACCAGAGCAACAUUAGCGAGAUGCUCAUCGCCAUGAACCUGGGCAAGCAGGCCAUCAGCUUCGGCAUGGGCAUUAACCUGAUCCAGUGGGUUAUGGAGAGGGGGUACGCGGUCAUGAUUGCGGGCGUCUUCAUGUCGCUGCUCCUGGCCAACAACCUGGUGCUGUUGGUGUUUAUGUUUUGGGGAAAGAGGAUCCGUGCCUUCAUGGGCAGGACGUGGCUGGCUUCAGUGCAUCGGGGCACCAUUAAGGAGGUUGCAACGCACUAAACCAAUCUGCCGUGGCUCCCACUGGUGGAUGUUGUUAGAAAUAGAACAAAGGUUGGUUGGACGAAGUGAUGUUUUUUUUUUUUUUUUUUUUUGCUAAUAUU